CGUGGAGAAACUAAUUUAUAAAUACCCUCAAGUAUUUAAUAAUAAAUUAGGCACUUUUACGGAAGCAGUGGUCGAUUUAAAACUUAAAAUAGGGACUGAACCCAAAUUUUUUAAACCCCGUCCACUUCCCUUCUCGUUAAAAGAAAAGGUGGAACGCGAAAUUAAUAGGCUAGUGUCUGAAAACGUCCUAUCUCCAAUAGUCAUGAGCGAAUGGGGAACACCUAUCGUCCCGGUAUUGAAGAGAGAUGGAUCUGUCCGAAUAUGUGGUGAUUAUAAAAUCACACUAAAUCCAUAUUUGAAAAAUGUGAGCUACCCUCUACCCAGAAUCGAGGACUUAUUUUCCAAAUUAGCGGGUGGUAAAUAUUUUACCAAAAUUGAUUUAAGUUCGGCUUAUCAACAAAUUUUAUUAAGCGAACAGGCCAAAUCGUUAUCAACCAUAAGUACACACUUGGGUUUAUUUGCGUAUAACCGAAUGCCGUAUGGAAUUAAAACAGCUCCAUCCAUUUUUCAAUUAAUAAUGGAGAAAGUUUUAAUUGGGUUGGAAGGCGUUACGUGUUUCCUUGACGAUAUCUUAAUCGCGGGAAGAAAUAAGGAAGAACAUCUUCUUAGAAUAGAUUUGGUGCUUAAUAAAUUAGAGAAGUAUGGAUUAACAGUGCGAAGAGAAAAAUGCAAUUUUUUUCAAAAAUCUGUUAAUUACUUAGGGUUUGUAAUAGAUGAAGAAGGGCUCAGACCUUCUACUGAAAAGGUAGAUGCAUUACUAAAAGCUAUACCUCCUAGAAAUAAAUCGGAAUUAAAGUCAGUAUUAGGAAUGUUUAAUUAUUAUCGUGCUUUUAUUCCAAAUUUUGCCAGUAUGUGUGAACCACUUUAUAGGUUGUUAAAAGACGAAAGUUCUUGGAUUUGGAAUAAAACCUGCGAUCAAGCAUUUGAGACUUUGAAGAAAACGAUAUCUUCUAAACAUGUAUUAGCACACUACGACUCUGCAGUUCCUGUAAAGUUGACAGUGGACGCUUCUUCAACCGCAGUGGGUGCAAUUUUGACACACCGAUACGAAAAUGGAAAAGAAAGGCCAAUAGCUUUUGCGUCUAAAAUUUUGACAACCACUCAGAGGGCUUAUUCUCAAAUAGAUAAAGAAGCUUAUAGCAUAAUUUUUGGUGUAUCAAAAUUUACGCAGUACCUGUAUGGUCGUCAUUUUGUAUUAGUCACCGAUCAUAAACCUCUUUUGUCGAUUUUUGGGCCAAAGAAAGGUAUUCCGAUAAUGGCAGCAAACCGUUUACAACGAUAUGCUGUAUUUUUGUCAGCGUUUGAUUACACCAUUGAAUACGUUAAAUCGGAUAAAAAUGUAGCAGAUUGUUUAUCUAGAUUGAUUGAAGACAAUCAAACCGAGAUGAAAAAUUACUUGGACGACGACGACGAAAACUUUACCUACUUAAAUUUAAUAGAAAAACAAGAUAUUUUUCGGCUUGAUAAGAAAGUUAUUCAAGAGGAAACUAGGAACGACGAAAUAUUGCGAAAGGUAUUCGAAUUUGCGUCACAAGGUUGGCCAAGUGACUGCAAAGAAGAGGAACUGAAACCUUAUUAUAUUAGGCGAGACCAAAUUACAAUAGAAGAUAACCUAUUGAUGUGGGGACAUCGGUUAAUCAUACCAUCACGUUGCAGGAAAGAAGUUUUAAAAGAGAUACAUUCGACACACAUGGGAAUAGUUAAGAGUAAAUCAUUAACUAGAUCAUUUGUAUGGUGGCCUUCGUGCGAUAAAAACGUCGAAGAAUUUUGCAAAAAUUGUUUAGCUUGCUCUAAACACAGAAACAGUCCGCCGAAAGCUGAAGUGAUUGAGUGGCCAAAAACUGAACAGCCGUGGGAAAGGGUGCAUAUUGAUUUUUUUGGUCCACUGCAUAAUAAAAUGUUCAUGAUUGUGGUAGAUUCCCAUUCGAAGUGGAUAGAAGUUGUUUAUAUGAAGAACAUUACUUCGGAAAAUACAGUAGAUAAGCUACGAGAAAUAUUUAGUCGGUGGGGAUUGCCAAAGAUCGUAGUAACUGAUAACGGACGUUCAUUCGUGUCGGAAUGUUUCAAGCAUUUUCUAUAUAUGAAUGGAAUUCAGCAUAUUACACCACCACCAUAUCAUCCUGCCACAAAUGGGUUAGCAGAGGUUUCGGAACAGCAUUCACAGUAGUACGGGUGUUACUCCAGCUGAACUCUUGAUAGGAAGAAAGCUACGCAUGCGAUUGGACCUCAUUUUACCGGAAGAGCAGCUGAAGCGGCAGCAUUUACGUAAAGAGGAACGAGGGAGAGAUCCGAAGAGACUAACAAGAAACAGUGCGGAAGUGAAACGUAAUAAUGUGAGUGCGAGAGGCAAUUUUAAAAAAGGUGAUCGUGUUUUUGUGCGCGAUUAUCGACGUGCUAAACCGAGUUGGGUACCUGCAGAAAUUGUAGAACAAAACGGACCUCGAAACUAUAAGACAUUAACUAACGAAAACCUUAUCUGGAGAAGACAUUCGGAUCAAAUAAUCAAAGGACCUUCUUACGAUGAUGACGAUUUAUUAGAUUAUUAUUCACGUCCUUUGACUGUUGAUUCAAAUGCAACUAUUGUUAAAAAUGUUGAUGAUGUUGUAGUAGAGGAAUCUGCAGUUGGAAAGGCUAGUUCUCCGGAACCAAUUAGGGAAGCUGAAACAAUUGCAGAUGAUUUUGUAGUAACUAACUCUAGAAGUAUGUUGCGCCCAACCAGAAACAGAAAACCUCCUGACUGGUUCGCAAUAAAAUAACUUAUGUUAUGUGAGGGAGGAAUGAUAUGUAUUUGGGAAAUUGUUAUCUGAUAGCAGACUUGCACCAGUCGCGUAAUGCAAGUCAAA